UAUUUUUAUUUAGGAAACGAAAAAAAACAAUACAUAGAUUGUUGUAAAAUACCCGUGUAAAAUACCUAUAUUUUCAAACAUUGCGACUAUUUUCAGUAAAGUUUUUUAAGAUGGAUGAAGUAAAAAAAUUGGAAUAUCUUUCUUUAGUGUCCAAAAUAUGUACAGAACUAGAGAAUCAUUUGGGUAUGAAUGAUAAAGAUUUGGCUGAAUUUAUAAUAUUUCUAUCGGAGAAAAAUAAUACUGUGGAUACAUUCAAGAAAGCCCUGACAGAAAAUGGAGCAGAGUUUUCAGAUUCAUUCGUCUCAAAUUUGCUUCGAAUUAUUCAACACAUGAGGCCCAAAACCAAAGAUGCUUCCAGCGAAAUAAACGAUGAAGAUAAAAUUGAAAAAAGCUUUUUAGCUCAAAAAUUUCCGGGCCUUGCUCUUCCAAACGAGCCGCAAAAACCUCUAAGUGAUGAUGAAGUGGAAAAAGAUGAAGAGACUAAUAAUGAAGAAGGUGAUAUUGUAGCCGAUCUUAUGGCACAAUUUGAAGCAGAUGCUCCUUCUGCUGUUAAGAAAACUAAAUCCAAAGAAACAGAAAGGGAUAGACACAGAUCUAGGUCUCGCCAUAGAGAUAAAUCAAGAUCCAGAUCAAGGGAUAGAAGAAGAGAUAGGUCACGAGAAAACAGAAGAAACAGAAUCAGAGAUAGAUCUAGAGAUAGAGAUAGGGACAGAGAUCAUUACAGGGGCCGUGACAGAAGAAGAGAUAGAAGAAGUAGGUCAAGAGAAAGAAGAAGGUCUAAAGAUAGGAGGGAUAGAAGUCAUUCCAGGGGUAGAAAUAGAGAUAAGAGCACAGAUAGGAAGUUUAAGUCUGAAAAGGGGAAUCCAGAGUUAGAUGAAGAUCCCGUGCCAGGAAAGAUUUAUAAUGGAAAGGUGGCCAAUAUUGUUCCAUUUGGAUGCUUUGUUCAAUUAGAAGGAUUAAGACGACGAUGGGAAGGCUUGGUUCAUAUUUCACAGUUGAGAGCCGAAGGCCGGGUAACACAAGUAUCGGAAGUUGUAUCUAGAGGUGGUAAAGUCAAAGUGAAAGUAUUAUCUGUUACUGGACAGAAAGUUUCUCUAUCUAUGAAAGAUGUAGACCAACUCACAGGAAAAGAUUUGAAUCCAUUAUCUCAUGCUCCAGCUGAAAGAGAAGACAAAGAUCGUAAUCCGGAUAGACCAAUGCAUAGCAGCACAUCAGUACUGAGACUUCCUGUAAAUCUAGAUGAAGGUGAAGAAGAUUCUAGAAAAAGGGUUACCAGGAUAUCAAGUCCUGAAAGGUGGGAAAUAAAACAGAUGAUAUCUUCUGGAUGUAUAGACAAAAGCGAAUUGCCUGACUUUGAUGAUGAAACUGGACUCCUUCCCAAAGAUGAAGAGGAUGGUGAAGCAGACAUUGAAAUUGAAUUAGUAGAAGACGAGCCUCCAUUUCUGCAAGGUCAUGGUAGAGCUUUGCAUGACCUAAGUCCUGUCAGAAUUGUUAAGAAUCCUGAUGGAUCCCUUGCUCAAGCAGCUAUGAUGCAGUCAGCACUAGCAAAAGAAAGACGCGAACAAAAAAUGCUUCAAAGAGAAGCCGAAGUUGAUUCACAACCCUCUGGUAAAAAUAAAACUUGGAUAGAUCCUUUGCCUGAAGAGGAAUCCAAAGAUGUGUCAGCAAGGGGAAUUGGUUUGCAGUCCCAAGACUUACCAGAAUGGAAGAAACACAUUAUUGGUGGGAAAAAAUCUUCCUUUGGUAAAAAAACGAACCUUUCUAUCAUAGAACAAAGACAGUCGCUGCCUAUAUAUAAACUGAAAGAGGAACUUCGUAAGGCGGUUACUGAUAAUCAAAUUCUGAUUGUCAUUGGUGAGACUGGUUCAGGAAAAACGACUCAAAUAACUCAGUAUUUAGCAGAAGAAGGGUUUACAGCAAGAGGCAAAAUCGGAUGUACGCAACCACGUCGUGUUGCAGCUAUGUCUGUGGCUAAAAGAGUAGCUGAAGAAUUCGGUUGUAGAUUGGGUCAAGAGGUUGGAUACACCAUCCGUUUUGAGGAUUGCACCAGCCCUGAAACCAUUAUAAAAUACAUGACUGACGGUAUGUUGCUGAGAGAAUGUCUGAUGGAUUUAGACUUAAAGGGAUACUCAGUCAUCAUGUUAGAUGAGGCUCAUGAAAGAACUAUUCAUACUGAUGUACUUUUUGGACUACUGAAGCAGGCUGUUACAAAGAGACCAGAGCUCAAGCUCAUUGUAACAUCGGCCACAUUGGACGCAGUUAAAUUUUCUCAGUAUUUUUUUGAAGCACCAAUUUUUACUAUCCCAGGAAGAACCUUUCCUGUGGAAGUUUUAUACACUAAAGAACCAGAAACCGAUUAUUUAGAUGCCAGUUUAAUCACGGUUAUGCAAAUUCAUUUGAGAGAACCACCAGGUGACGUAUUAUUGUUCUUAACUGGUCAGGAGGAAAUUGAUACAGCAUGUGAAAUUCUUUAUGAAAGAAUGAAGUCUUUAGGUUCUGAUGUGCCUGAACUGAUAAUUUUACCGGUAUAUUCUGCUUUACCGUCGGAGAUGCAAACAAGAAUUUUCGAACCUGCACCUCCAGGUAGCAGAAAAGUUGUUAUUGCUACAAAUAUUGCAGAAACAUCCCUCACCAUCGAUGGAAUAUUCUAUGUCGUCGAUCCAGGGUUCGUGAAACAAAAAGUGUAUAAUUCUAAGACUGGUAUGGAUUCUUUGGUGGUUACUCCAAUUUCACAGGCCCAAGCCAAACAAAGAGCGGGUAGAGCGGGGCGUACAGGUCCUGGAAAAUGUUACAGGCUUUAUACCGAAAGGGCAUAUAGGGAUGAGAUGUUACCUACUCCUGUACCUGAAAUUCAGCGAACUAAUCUUGCAACUACGGUUCUUCAGUUGAAAACAAUGGGAAUAAAUGAUUUGUUACAUUUUGAUUUUAUGGAUGCCCCACCAGUAGAGUCCUUGAUAAUGGCGCUAGAACAGUUACAUUCGCUGUCAGCAUUAGAUGAUGAGGGACUAUUGACAAGACUAGGAAGAAGGAUGGCUGAAUUUCCUCUUGAACCUAACUUAUCAAAAAUGCUGAUCAUGUCUGUCGCCUUACAAUGCUCCGACGAAAUCCUUACGAUCGUUAGCAUGUUGUCCGUUCAGAACGUAUUCUACCGACCUAAAGAUAAACAAGCGUUGGCCGAUCAAAAAAAGGCCAAAUUCAAUCAGCCUGAAGGCGACCACUUAACCCUAUUGGCCGUCUACAACAGUUGGAAAAACAACAAGUUCUCUAAUGCGUGGUGUUACGAAAAUUUCGUACAAAUUCGGACGCUGAAGAGGGCCCAGGACGUGCGAAAACAGCUUUUGGGAAUCAUGGACAGGCAUAAGCUUGAUGUCGUGUCCGCUGAUAGAAACAGUGUAAGAGUGCAGAAAGCUAUUUGUUCAGGUUUCUUCAGAAAUGCCGCGAAGAAAGAUCCACAGGAAGGAUAUAGAACGUUGGUGGACAGUCAAGUUGUCUACAUACACCCGUCUAGUGCGUUAUUUAAUAGGCAACCUGAGUGGGUUAUCUAUCACGAAUUAGUCUGCACCACAAAGGAAUACAUGCGCGAAGUUACUACAAUAGAUCCUAAAUGGUUGGUCGAAUUUGCACCGGCAUUCUUUAAAUUUUCCGAUCCGACCAAACUCAGUAAAUUCAAAAAGAAUCAAAGGCUCGAACCAUUGUAUAACAAGUACGAGGAACCUAAUGCUUGGAGAAUAUCCCGAGUUAGGAGAAGAAGAAAUUAAGUAUUUCUCGAUCAAAAUACUUUAUAAAAACAUUUUAAUAUUAUUGUGUACAUAUUUAACGAAUAUAAACUAAAUUAAUUAAG